AUGACGGAACAUCAAUACCAGACCAGAAGUAGAGGUAAAGUCUAUGAAGAUGCUGAGAAGGAGUAUUUCUCAGACGAUUCCCUUGCAACAGCAGAUGAAUCUGAUUUUGUCGAUGAUGGGGGUGAAUAUGGGCACGAUGAAGUGAAUUUGAAGACAAGGGCUGUGAAGAAAGUGGGGGCAGGCUCAAAUGCAAAAAAGUCGAAGAAUUCUGAGGCUGGUAUGGGUGGUGGCGGAGGUGUUCCUGUUUGUGGUAGUGUUGAAGUGGAUACUUUAAAUAAAUUGGCUGCGAAGGAUGAGAAUUUCUUGAACCAGGUCAGUCUAGAUGCUCCCCCAGACUUUGUACCUGAUGCUGUGUCUGGAAUGUUUAGAUCCAGCGACUUUAGCUACUUGAAGUUGAAGCCAGAUCAUUCCUCCAGACCUCUUUGGAUUGCACCCAAUGAUGGUCGUAUCAUCUUAGAAAGUUUCUCACCUUUAGCUGAACAGGCGCAGGAUUUUCUUGUCACUAUUGCGGAACCUGUCAGUAGACCUUCGCAUGUCCAUGAGUACAAAAUUACAGCAUACUCAUUGUAUGCAGCCGUUUCGGUUGGCUUAGAAACAGAUGAUAUUAUUGCCGUUUUGGAUAGAUUAUCUAAGGUUCCUGUGGCAUCUUCCAUCAUCAAUUUUAUUAAAGGUGCUACUGUAUCUUAUGGUAAAGUGAAGUUGGUUAUUAAACACAACAGAUACUUUGUAGAAACUUCUCAGGCUGAUAUCCUACAAAUGUUGUUAAAAGACAGCGUCAUUGGCUCCUUGAGAAUUGACACUCACGAGUCUAGCAAAGCAUCUGCUCCUGUAGAAAAUACACAAGUAGAUCCUGUUUCCACCCAAAACGUAGAUCCAAAUGAUGUAGAAGCCGUGUUCAAUUCAAUUGUGGGCGGCGAAAAUGAGCUCGACGACGAUGAUGAUGAUGUUGAUGCUGUUCAUUCCUUCGAAAUCGAUCGUGACUCUGUGGAAAUUGUCAAGAGAAGAUGCCAAGAGAUCGAUUAUCCUGUUUUAGAAGAAUACGAUUUUAGAAACGACCAUAGAAAUCCUGACUUAGAAAUAGACUUAAAACCGUCUACCCAAAUUAGACCUUAUCAGGAAAAGUCUUUGAGUAAGAUGUUUGGUAAUGGACGUGCCAGAAGUGGUAUCAUAGUUUUACCAUGUGGUGCCGGUAAGACUUUAGUGGGUAUUACUGCCGCAUGUACAAUCAAGAAAUCUGUUAUUGUUUUGUGCACAUCUUCAGUGUCCGUUAUGCAAUGGAGACAACAAUUUCUUCAAUGGUGUACCAUUCAACCAGAAAAUGUCGCGGUGUUUACAUCAGAUAAUAAGGAAAUGUUUCAGACAGAAUCUGGUUUGGUUGUUUCUACCUAUUCUAUGGUUGCUAACACCAGAAAUAGAUCUCACGAUUCGCAAAAGGUUAUGGAUUUCUUGACGGGGAGAGAAUGGGGUUUUAUUUUAUUGGACGAAGUUCAUGUUGUCCCUGCUGCGAUGUUUAGAAGAGUGGUUUCCACUAUUGCUGCACAUGCUAAAUUGGGCCUCACAGCUACUUUGGUUCGUGAAGAUGAUAAAAUUAGCGAUUUGAACUUUUUGAUUGGUCCCAAAUUAUAUGAAGCUAACUGGAUGGAGCUUUCACAGAAGGGUCACAUCGCCAAUGUUCAGUGUGCCGAGGUUUGGUGUCCAAUGACCGCAGAAUUUUAUCAGGAAUAUUUAAGGGAGAAUGCUAGGAAGAGGAUGUUACUAUAUAUUAUGAAUCCUACAAAAUUCCAGGCUUGUCAAUUCCUAAUUCAGUACCAUGAAAAGAGAGGUGAUAAAAUCAUUGUAUUUUCUGACAACGUUUAUGCAUUACAGGAAUACGCUUUAAAGUUGGGGAAGCCAUUUAUUUACGGUUCCACUCCACAGCAGGAGAGAAUGAACAUUUUACAAAACUUCCAAUAUAACGAUCAAAUUAACACUAUUUUUCUAUCUAAGGUUGGAGAUACUUCUAUUGAUUUACCGGAGGCUACAUGCUUAAUUCAAAUUUCUUCUCACUACGGUUCUCGUCGUCAGGAAGCGCAAAGGCUAGGUAGAAUUCUAAGGGCUAAACGGCGUAAUGAUGAAGGUUUUAAUGCUUUUUUCUAUUCCUUGGUUUCAAAAGAUACCCAGGAGAUGUAUUACUCAACAAAAAGACAGGCUUUCUUAGUUGAUCAGGGUUAUGCUUUUAAGGUCAUCACUCAUCUACACGGCAUGGAAACUUUGCCAAAUUUAGCAUAUGCUUCUGCCAGGGAGCGCAGGGAAUUAUUACAGGAAGUUUUAUUGAAAAAUGAGGAGGCUGCUGGUAUUGAGAUUGGCGAUGAUUCUGAGAACUUCGUAGGUCGUGGAUCCAACCCAAACAAGCGUAUGAAGUCUAAAGCAGUUAAAGGCGAGGGUUCGUUGGCUGGCCUCGCAGGUGGAGAGGAUAUGGCUUAUUUAGAAUACGUUCCAAAUAAAAAUAAAGACUUAAAAGAUCACCACCCACUGAUCAGAAAGAUGUAUUACAAAAACUUAAAAAAUAAAAUGGUUAUGUAG